UUAAUAAGACACCUUUGGGCAAAUAGAUAAGGUUGGCAUCGGCCUCACUGUUUGCUGCUAAAACCCUCACUUCCAGAAUCCUCGUUCUUGCACGGACAACCUCUCCUCUUUCUGCUUCUUCGAUCCAAAUCCGCUCAAUGGCUCACUCUGCGGCUUCCGGGUUUAAGAAAGUCCAGAUUCAGAGGGAUGACACUACAUUUGAUGCAUAUGUGGUUGGUAAAGAAGAUGCUCCUGGGAUAGUGGUGUUGCAAGAGUGGUGGGGAGUUGACUUUGAGAUUAAGAACCAUGCAUUGAAAAUUUCCCAACUGGCUCCUGGUUACAAAGCACUCAUCCCAGAUUUGUAUCGUGGAAAGGUCGGUUUGGAUGUUGCAGAAGCACAACACCUAAUGGAUGGUCUUGAUUGGCAAGGUGCUGUUAAGGAUGUUCGUGCUUCUGUUGGCUGGCUCAAAGCAAAUGGUUCACAAAAGGUUGGUGUUACAGGAUUUUGCAUCGGUGGAGCUCUUUCCAUUGCUAGUGCUGUCCUGGUUCCUGAAGUUGAUGCUGCUGUUGCUUUCUAUGGAGUUCCUUCACCACAACUGGCUGAUCCUGCCCAAGCCAAGGCACCAGUGCAGGCUCAUUUUGGGGAGCUUGAUAACUUUGUUGGCUUUUCAGAUGUUGCAGCUGCAAAAUCUUUGGAGGAAAAACUCAAGGCAUCUGGGGUUCCAUACGAAGUGCAUAUUUAUCCAGGCAAUGGCCAUGCUUUUAUGAACAGGUCCCCUGAUGCUGUAGAGAGGAGGAAGGGAAUGGGAUUGACUGAUGACGACGAAGAUGCAGUGAAGCUGGCAUGGUCUCGUUUCCAGAAUUGGAUGAGCCGCUUCGUGUCUCCAUGAUUGGAGAACCUUCCUAGUUACUACAAUCCUUCACCUCAUUAUACUCUCUUAGAAGUUUCAUAGUUUCCUGGGUUUAUCUAUAAAUAAUAGCUUUUUUUAAUGGAUGAUAUUAGUUUCUUGUUAUGUUAGACACUUGUUAAAAAUGAGACAAACAGUUGGGUAUGCUGGGGAUAUAUCCAUAA